AUGGCCAAUUCUAAAUUUGAAUAUGUGAAGUAAUUUGAAUAAAUGCAGAAUCUUUUACCAAAUACUUAUAUUGUAGUUAGAAUAGAUGGAAAAGGAUUUCAUAAAUUUACAAAAUAUUAUGACUUUUAAAAACCUAAUGAUGAAUAAGGAUUAAAGUUAAUGAGUUUCAGUGCUUGUAUUGUAAUGGAAACAUUCCCUGAUAUUUAAAUUGCAUAUGGACAAUCUGAUGAAUUUUCAUUUGUAUUAAAAAAAGAUAGUGAAUUAUAUUGUAGAAGAUCAGAUAAAAUUGCAACAUGUAUAUGUUCUACUUUUACUUCAAUUUAUGUAAAGAAUUAUUAUACUUAAUCUAGACAUUAAAUUUUGAGAAAUUCAUGAAGAAACCUUUAAAAUUUCCAUAUGUUCCAAUUUUUGAUGCAAGAUGUGUGUGUUAUCCUGAUCUAUAAAACAUUAGAGAUUAUUUAUCAUGGAGAUAAGUGGAUUGUCAUAUUAAUAAUUUAUACAAUACAUGUUUUUGGGGAUUAGUAUAAAAAGGAAUGAAUAAAUAAGAGGCAGAAAAAACUUUAGCAGGUACAAAUGCAGGAGAUAAAAAUGAAUUGUUAUUCUCUAAAUUAUAAAAAAACUAUAAUAAUGAACCAGAAAUAUUCAAAAAAGGAACAACCAUUAUUAGACAUCCUACUAAUGAAAGAAUUAAUUUAAAAGUUGAAUUAGAUGUUGAUUCUAAAGAAUAAUAAAAAUUGAAUAAAAAAUAAAAGAAAAAAUUUAAAUAUAAAGAACUCAAUUAAUAAGAAUUAAAUUAACUUCCAAAUCAAUAGAAAGAAGAUUUACAAGUUUAAGAAUUUUAUUUGGAUAUAAUCAAGGACAAUUUUUGGAUAGAAAAUAAAACCUAUAUAUUAUUGUGA